AUGAACCUGGAAAUAUCUGAGAAUGAGUUCAAAAAACUGGUUGAUCUCAGCAAUGUAUUUGAUAUCCUAAAAGCGACAGUCAAAGAACUUUGCAAAAGAAACGCCAAUCUGAUGACGUCUGACGCGGUUUUGAUGUUUAUGCUCAAAAAAUUAGAAGCUCUGCAUCAUGAACCAGUUGCUCGUGAACUUCUCCAAUCUCUGAAGCGAAAAAUUAAAGAGCGCAGGUUGUUGGUGACUUCUACUCUAAAUUAUUUGCAUAAUCCCAAAUCAUACAUUGAUUCAUCAGAUGAUGACUACUACGACAUCUUUCUAAGGCCAAAUGGCGACGAAAUGCGAAAACAUAUUGCAGACCUACAUCAGCUUGGUCAGACUCAGGCUACGGAACGUACGAUUGACGUUGCUGUUUCUACUACAGACGAGGAGAAUAAAUACAGGAAUGACGAAUCUGACACACUACCGCUCAAGAAGCAAUUAUAA